AUGGUGAUGGCGCAGUAUGAGCGGGAGCGGGCACGGCGUGUGCUGGUCGUGGGGGGCUGGAGCCCUGGACCCCUGGAUGCAUUGCGAGCGCGCAUGGAUCGCGUGGAAUUCCUGGAGCCGACGAUUCCGAUGCCGCCCUCCGGUUGUAGAUGGUGUUUGAACCCAUUCUGUCCACUGUUGCUGGUGGUCAUCUUCUGGCUGCUUCCGAUGGUGGCGUCUGGUGAAUGGCCAGCUGGAAUCGAGGGCACGAUGUCAUGGCUGGUUCGGCUGGCAGCGCUGCUGGCGAUUCCUCUCCUCUUGCGGCUCUGCGUGGCCGGCUUGGUGUGGUUCUCCAUCAAAGACGGUCUAUGGACGAUCAGCCGGGCCAUCAAUGACUUUCAACCAGAUGUCAUUCUGGCGUUCUCGUGGGGUGGUGGACUGGCGCUUUGGUUAUUGGCAGAACGUCGUUGGCGCGGUCCCACGUUGCUGCUGGCGCCCACAGUGAAAGCCAUGGCAUGUGUUGCCUGCAGGGCUCUCCCGAGGUUUCCGGCCCCUUCUGCUCUAGCACCCGUCCAUGUCUUUCAUGCUCACCAUGACGGCUUCUGCCCUGAGUCGCAAGUGGCUGUGUUGAGCGCUGCUGGGUGCGAACUCCACCUCUGCGAUGACAACCACGUGUUGCUUCGAAGACAAACCGUGGAAGAGAUCCACAGCUGUUUGAAGCAGCUGCUGUCUCUGAGUCCCGUUGAAAACCGCGACGGCGAGGUUGAGCACCCUCCUGCAUGUGGUGGUGUACUGGUGGCAGCUGGCUGCCUUUAUGUGGCCCGACCUACCACGGCUUUACACGGUGCCGCGUGGCCGUCCGGGUGCAUGGCUUUUGUGCGCUCUGAAGGCAGGGAUGAUGCGUUGGUCACUUUUGGAGCAGGCAGAUGGAUUGCGCCGGUGCUGAUCUUGCUAGUCAUUUCUGCCUGUGCAGACUGGUCCAUGGUGGUUGGUGCUUUGGUGGCAGGGAAACCCAAGGGCCCAGGGGCGGGGAUGGCUUUGGUCUGUUCGGGUGUGCAAAAUGGAGACCCAACCAUCAAACACUAG